AUGGCUUCUAAUCCCACUACUUGUGGGCCUGGUGGCAGUGGUUCAACUACAGAAAAGGAAAUUGGACAUGAGCGCCCUCGCUUGACUGUCCUUCAAACGAAAGCAAAACUGGAAUAUUCCGCUCGCAAGAGGCGCAAGAGUACAAUAAGCAGUCAGAUUGACUUUGAAGUGGCUUCAAAGUGA